AAGAAUACCUUUAUUAGUCCCUCGGUGGGGAAUUUGCAAUAUUGCAAUGGCUCAGGUACAGCAGGAUAGCAGCAGUAGCACCCAAGAUAUCACACAGGAGUACAUAGUAAUAAUAAGUUAAGAUCAUUAUUGCACAUGGUAAUGUGAGUAGUAGUUAUAUUGCACAUGUUUUGAAAAGAUGAUAUUUGCAGUGGAAGGUUACAGAUGUAUGGCUUCUGUUAGCAGGGACUAUUCUAGAGUCUAACAGCAGCAGGAGGAAAGAUCUGCGGUUUCUCUACGUCGUACAGCGAGUCCUGAGCUGGAGGAAAUAUCCUGCAACCAGACUCACCGGCAGAGGGCGCCAGAGUGAGCAGAAAACUUACAGUAGAAGAAGAAAAAGAAUGCGGAAGUGAGAACGAUGUAAACAAACUAGUCAUCUAGCUAGUGCUAGCCGCAAUGAAACCACCCGUUUGAGAUUUCUUUCGUUAAAGUCUAAAACCGUAACCGUGUUUCGCGUGGAGAGGUGACGUUUAGACGUAAACCGUUUUGAUCUGCGUUCGUCAUCAUGCCGUAUCUGGGCGGUAAGGAGGCGGUGAAGGAGCUGAGGAGGGCACUGUCGAACCCCAACAUCCAGGCCGACCCGCUGCGCUACAGGAACACCGUCCUCAGAGUCAUCAGGAUGAUGUCGCAGGGUGCUGACGUGUCCAGCCUGUUCAGUGAGAUGGUGAAAGCGUGCGCGACGGUGGACGUGGUCCAGAAGAAGCUGGUUUACAUCUUCCUGUGUUCCUACGCCACCUUAAACCCGGAGCUGUCCCUGCUGGUCGUCAACACUCUGAGGAAAGACUGCCAGGAUCCAAACCCCAUGGUCCGCAGCCUCGCGCUGAGGAGCAUGACCAACCUCAGACUGCCCAGCCUGGUGGAGUACGUGGAACAGCCGCUGACAGCUGGGCUGAGAGACCGAGCUGCGUGUGUCCGACGGGUGGCGGUGCUCGGCUGGGCCAAACUCUCCAACCUCCAACCUGCUGCUGAUCUAGAUGCCGCCGUGGUGAACGAGCUGUACAGCCUGCUGAGGGACCCGGACCCUGUCGUGUUGGUGAACUGCCUCCGAGCUUUGGAGGAGAUCCUAAAGGAGGAGGGAGGAGUCGUAAUCAACAAACCCAUCACUCAUCACCUCCUCAAAAGGCUGAAGGACUGUGAUGUCUGGGGUCAGUGUGAGGUGCUGAGGGUCCUCCAGCGCUACCGGCCCCAGUCAGACGACGAGCUCUUCGACAUCCUGUCUCUGCUGGACCCCUCCCUGGUCAGCCCUCACCCCCCCGUCAUGGCUGCCACCCUCAGCCUCUUCCUGAGCCUCUGCUCCGACCUUCCUGCCGUCAGUCUGGCUGCUCUGGAGCGAGUCCGAGGCCCGCUGCUGUCCGCCUGUGGGAGCAGCUCCAGGGAGAUGAGGUUCGCAGCCCUCUGCCACGUUCAGCUGCUGCUGCGCUCUGUCCCCGGCCUGCUGGGGGAGCACUACAAGCGCUUCUUCUGUGGCUACGCCGAGCCGGCCUUCAUCAAGCAGAGGAAGAUGCAGGUGCUGGUGGAGCUGGUGAACGAUGACAAUGUUGGGAUGUUACUGGACGAGCUGAAGGGAUACUGCACUGAUGUCAGCAUGGACACCGCUCAGACCGCCAUCGCAGCCAUCGGGCACAUCGGGCGCAGCUACAGCGACCGGAGUCUGGAGAUCCUGACGGGCCUUCUCACACUCAAACAGGAGCACAUAACCUCAGCGGUGGUCCAGACGAUGCGAGACCUGGUCUGGGUGUGUCCUCAGUGCAGCGACACCAUGUGUUCGGCUCUGGAGGGCUGCGAGGAGACGCUGCAGGACGACCAGGGCAGGCAGGCCUUGCUCUGGCUCUUGGGCGUGUACGGGGAGCGCCUCACCAGCGCCCCCUACACAUUGGAGGUGUUCAUUGAUGGAGUCAGAAGCGAAGCAUCGUUGGGAGUGAAGAUGGAGCUGCUGACGGCCGCCGUGAGGUUGUUCCUGACCCGUCCAGCUGAGAUGCAGGACAUGCUGGGAAGACUGCUGCACUUCUGCAUCGAGGAGGAGAGAGACAUGUGCGUGCGUGACCAGGCCCUGCUCUAUUACCGCCUGUUACACUGCGGGAUAGAAGAAACACGAAAGGUUCUCCAAGGUCGGAGAUCGGAUCCCUCCCUGGGCGUCCUGAUUGGACGUCAGGCUGAACCCAUCAGCCAAUGGGCGAGCAGCUUCAACACUAUGGAUGCUCUGAAGAAGGCAGCUGUAGAGACGGAGACGGCCAGCAGGGGGAGCCCUGAACAUGUGGCGACUAAACUCAAAGCAGACUUGGAUCUCCCCAAAACGCUGGACUGUUGCCCUGACGACGCGCUCCACUCAGGCUCAGAUAGUCCAGGUGAGCAUCCAGACGCCCCCGCGGACGGCGUGGCCUCUGACAUCACAUUGUCCCUUUCUCCGUCCGUCAGCCCGGAGGAGUUUGAGCGCCUGUGGCUGCAGCGACACACUUCCUGUCUGGAACACGCUGAGGAGCAGGGCUGUGUCUGGACAGAAGAGACCGUCCGCUGUCCGCUCCUACGCUGCUGCUCCCCUCAGAGCCUGCAGGCCGCCAUGCAGCUGGUCAACAUUCAGACUCUGGCCUUCACGCCUCCACACACACUCCCAUGGAGAGUCUUUUUGUACACACACACACAACACACACACGCCACCGACAGCACGCUCGUCCUGGCACAGCUGCAGCAGGAGGAGGAGGCGGCAGAAGAGAUGGGGGCAGCGGGAACCAGAGGACAGGAAGUUAGAGUCACUCUGAGGCAACAGCCGACCGACGCGAGAGCCCUGAGGGUGUUUGUGUCCGUCCUCUCCUCCGUUCUGCACUCUCUCUCCUCGGGGAGCAUUUAGAUGAUCUCGGUUUGUUCUCAGCCACCUGAGCGAGUGGGAAGCAGCUGGCCUGAGGACCAUUCUCUGGACGGUCAGAACUUAGUUGGAGCAAACAGGAAGCUGCUUCCUUCACACGGGCAGCGCUGUGUAGGCGGGACCUAAAGCCAAACCAGUCAGACCCAGCCUGAGUCCCGCUUGUUCAUGUUGGUGCUGGUUGGCCCUGGAAGCGGGGAAACGUUUAUCCUCCAACAGCUGCGGACCGAGUCGACGGCUGCAGGUGACGAGUGGCUCAGGCUGGAUGACUCGUAUCAAAUCAUCGUGUGACGUUUUAGGAUUAAACACAAUAAGCAGGUUUUGUCUGCUCCUGCGCUGAACUCCAGAAGCUGACUUCAGACUCACGAGGAGGCGUGUUAAUCCAGAAUAUCUGGAUUAUUGGUGCCAUUUGUCCUGUAAUCCCAGCAGCUGUGUUUGUUUACACGUAGGUCAGGCUGAUUCACUCAGUCAGAGUUCAGAAGUAUUAGAUUAUAGAGAUUCUUUAGAGUUAAUCUGGAUUAAUCAUUCAGCAGGAAAACGGGGCGUGUGUGUCUGUAAACCAUCCCCAGGUGGACUGAAGAGAAUCUAAUGGAACUCAAACGUUUCAUGGAUGAAAGUUCAAAGGUCACAUGGGAUCAAAGUGAAGCUGAAGUUCAGAUAAGGACUCAAAUAUUUCCGUCAAAAGUUAACGACGCUUCCUUGUAGUAAAAGCAGAUGCGAGUACUAGGUGUGGUCAGCCGCCCGCACCGUGGAAUAACGAGGGCAGCAUUCCAUUUUCAGGAGUUCUCUUCAGCACGUUUUCCAGAACUGGAGCAACGAGCCAGCGGGUUCCUGCCCCGUUACUCCUGUCAGACACAACCCUUCCAAAGGGAAGGUGUUCAUCCGCAGCAGGUAGGAGGUAGGAGUGGUUCCUGGCGAUCAACCCUGUGGGUCUCCAAAGAUCGACGCAGCAUUCGAUGAGCUCUGGAACUCCAUGGAUCCAUAAAGGAAACGGCCAAAGUGAAACCUUCCUGGUGUCGGGGUUUCCUCUCAGUCCCAGGACGCCCUGCGCUCAGAGCCCACCCCAGCCUGUUUUCUGCUGCAGGGCGUGGACCGGUGAAAGCUUCAGCAGGAGCUCUGAAGGCACGACGAACGCCGCUGAUGUUUUAUUUUCAUUUAAUCACUUGUGUGUUUACAUUAAACUUUAUUUCAGACCCAAAA